CGUACCUUCACAUGCCAUGGCCAUAAUGACCCACCCCAUCACCCCGUUCACCACCCCACCCCAUCCCCACCCACCCAUACCCACCCACCAGCUAUCCACCUCCAUCUCCAAAGCCACCUCCCUCACUCAACUCAAACAAGUCCACACCCAAAUCCUCCGCCAGAAUUUGUCCCAUUCCAGUUCCAAUUCCCUCCUUUUCCAGCUCAUUCUCUCUUCCAUUCCUUUCCCUUCAACCUUUCACUAUUCCCUUUCCAUUUUCUCAUCCACUUUGCAAAACCCUCCAAAAACCCAUCUCAUCAACAAGCUCUUUCGCGAGCUUUCGCGUUCUAAGGAAUCCCAAAAUGCGUUCUUGUUUUUGGAGAAUGGUAGGAGGAAUGGGUUGGAAGUUGACAGGUUUAGCUUCCCGCCAUUGCUGAAAGCUGCGGCGAGGGGUUUUGCGUUGCGUGAAGGGGUGGAGCUUCAUGGGUUGGUUUGUAAGCUUGGGUUUGAUUCUGACCCGUUUGUUCAGACUGCUUUGCUUGGGAUGUAUGCCUCUUGUGGACAAAUUCAAGAUGCGCGGUUGGUGUUUGAUAAAAUGUCUCACAAAGAUAUUGUCACUUGGGAUAUAAUGAUUGAUGGUUACUGUCAAAAUGGCCUUUUUGAUGAUGUAUUGGUGCUAUUGGAAGAGUUGGGAAGCUCUAAUUUGGAACCAGAUGCAAGAGUUUUCACCACCGUUCUAUCUGCUUGUGGUCGAGCUGGAAAUUUAUCCAUUGGGAAAGUGAUUCAUGGGUUAAUAUCUGAGAAUAAUAUCAUUGCUGAUUCUCGUCUGCAAACUUCUCUAAUCAGCAUGUAUUCAGGUUGUGGCUGCAUGGAUUUGGCUCAGAAUUUGUAUGACAAACUGUCACAAAAGAAUUUAGUGGUAUCAACUGCCAUGAUUUCAGGCUACUCAAAGGUUGGGCAAGUUGAAGCUGCACGCUCUAUUUUUGACCAAACGACAAAUAAGGACUUGGUUUGUUGGAGUGCUAUGAUAUCUGGCUAUGCAGAGAGCGAUCAACCUCAAGAAGCUCUCAAGUUACUUGGCGAAAUGCAGGCAUCUGGAGUGAAGCCUGACCAAGUAACUAUGCUAAGUGUUAUCUCAGCCUGUGCGAAUCUUGGCACAUUGGAUCAAGCUAAAAGAAUCCAUUUGAUUGUUGAUAAUUAUAGAUUUCGAGAAGCUUUGCCUGUAAAUAAUGCCCUUAUUGAUAUGUAUGCCAAAUGUGGAUCUCUAGAAGGCGCAAGAGGAGUCUUUGGUCGAAUGCAAAGGAAAAAUGUGAUCACAUGGACUAGUAUGAUUAGCGCAUUUGCUGUUCACGGAGAAGCUGAGCAGGCCUUAAUGCACUUUCAUCAAAUGAAGUGUGAACAAGUUAAGCCCAAUUGGGUUACAUUUGUGGCUGUUCUAUAUGCUUGUAGUCAUGCUGGACUAGUUGAAGAGGGACUGCAGAUCUUCUCGUCAAUGGUGAAUGACUACAAAAUUACACCUAAACUUGAACACUAUGGUUGCAUGGUGGAUCUUUACGGCCGAGCAAAUCGUCUCAGGGAAGCCCUAGAGAUGGUAGAGUCUAUGCCUAUGGCUCCAAAUGUUAUCAUUUGGGGUUCAUUAAUGGCUGCCUGUCGGAUCCAUGGUGAGUUUGAACUAGGGGAAUUUGCAGCUAAAAGGCUUCUCGAGUUAGAUCCUGAACAUGAUGGGGCUCAUGUCUUCUUAUCAAACAUUUAUGCUAAAGAAAAAAGAUGGGAAAAUGUUGGAGACGUGAGGAGACUUAUGAAAUACAAAGGCAUUUUGAAGGAACGGGGACACAGUAAGAUUGAAAUGGACAAUGAGAUACACGAAUUUUUAACAGCUGAUAAGAGUCAUAAGCAAGUUGAUGACAUCUAUGAAAAGCUAGAUGAGAUAGUUUGCAAGUUGAAGCAGGUCGGUUAUGCUCCAAAUAUCAGUGUUGUUUUACUUGAUGUAGAUGAACAUGCGAAGAAGGAUGCGGUUCUUUUGCACAGCGAGAAGUUGGCUCUUUGUUAUGGGCUACUGAAAAGUAAUAGGGGAUCGCCAAUACAUAUAAUUAAGAACUUAAGGAUCUGUGAGGAUUGCCACAACUUCAUGAAGUUGGCGUCUAAGGCGUUUGAGAGAGAAAUUGUUGUAAGAGAUAGGACUAGAUUUCACCAUUACAGAGAUGGCUCAUGCUCUUGUAAAGACUACUGGUGACAGCAAUUUGUGAAAUAGAAUUAGCUGUAUACUACAUUGUAUUAUAUUUUCCUCAUUUCUCUUUAGCAUUUAAAAUUUAUCAUCUAA